GCAGUCUGCUUUGCUGCCGAUCCACUGUAGUUACAGCUGACAUUUCUGCCGCCGCUUUCCUGUUCCUCUGCAGCUGUAUCGCGCUUUUCGCCCUGAUUUUUUUUAUGUACAUUAUUUUUCGCUAGCGCGUUUUAUUUCAGCCACCCUUCCUACGCUUCAGUGCAGCGCUGUUAUAGUCUCAUACAGAUAAAUAACGACGUCUUUGCGGGAAAUACCGAACCGAGAAGCUCAUUUCAGUCGACGUUGAUUUGAAAGAAGACAUUUGAUCUGUUUGGACGAUAACAGUGAGACAGCGAGCAAAGACAUGCAGCGGAGAGGUCAGUGAGGAUGACAACAGAGGCAACGCAGACGGAGGGAUGAGAAGCAGACUCAAGUAAGAGAAGGAAGCGGGACUCCAAAGUGCCUACAGUACGGUAUUGCAGCAGCAGAGAGGGCUCGGUGUGCGUUUGGCCUUGAAUGGAGGCUAUAUUUUGUCCUGACAGCCACAAAGUCAUCCAUCCCACGUUGCUGAGCUGCAGUCCCCACAUACCCAGAGCUGAGCUGAAGCUUUGUCUCAUCAUUACAAGGACAUUACGGGUGUAAGGUUCUGCUUUUUCCUCUCUGUCUGUCAGAGAAUAACAACUACAACAGAGCUGCGGCGACUUCCUCUGCCCUGAUCAUGUUGACAUGAAUGUAAAAGAGACGCAUCUGAGCGGACUAUGGUGAUGUUUUCUGAACGUUUUUCUUUCUUUCUCUUGAGACAGAGCUGGUCUCUGCUCCCAGUUAACCCCUGCUAUCUCACCCAGUAAAACUUCAGCUGACAGUUUUCCCAGGAAGAGCUAAUAAACAUCCCCCAAAAUACUCCAGUCUAAAGGGACUUGCUACCUAUUUGCUCUGAAGGAAAAAUAUUUUUGCUUUUUUUUCCCCAAGGGGAUUUUUUUUCUCUCUCUCUUGAAUCACUAUUAGUCAGCCCUGCUCGCAUUAGACCAUUUUUUUCCAUCCACCCGCUCCCACCCCUUGCUCAGUGUCUGUGAGCAUCUCAGAUGGCUGUCAGCAUGACCAUGGGACGAGACACCAAAUGGCUGACCUUGGAAGUGUGUCGCGAGUAUCAGAGAGGCACCUGCUCGCGGUCUGACACCGAUUGUAAGUUUGCACAUCCCUCCCGGAGCUGCCAUGUGGAGAACGGCCGAGUCAUCGCCUGCUUUGAUUCGCUCAAGGCCCGCUGCACACGAGAAAAUUGUAAAUACCUUCACCCACCUCCGCACCUGAAAACCCAGCUGGAGAUUAAUGGAAGAAACAACCUGAUCCAGCAGAAGGCCGCGGCGGCCAUGUUGGCUCAACAGAUGCAGUUCAUGCUGCCCGGAGCACAGCUGCAGCCGAUUACAACCUUUCCAGUGACUCCAUCCCUGGCAACGAGUCACAGCAUGGCGUUCAGUCCAUAUCUGAACCACAUGGGCCCAGCCAUGGGCCUGAUGCCGGACCUGCUGCCCAGCACGCCCCUCCUCGUACCCGGCAGUCCCACCGGCCUCACAGCGAUGGGCAACGGCACCUCGGCGCAGAAGCACACUCGCACAGACAAGCUGGAGGUUUGCAGAGAGUUCCAGCGCGGCAACUGCACACGGGGUGAGAGCGACUGCCGCUACGCUCACCCCCUGGAGGCCGGCAUGGUGGACUGCAGCGAGAACUCCGUCAUUGUGUGCAUGGACUACAUAAAGGGCCGCUGCAGCAGGGACAAGUGCAAGUACUUCCACCCGCCGGCUCACCUGCAGGCCAGGAUCAAGGCUUCACAGCACCAAGCCAGUCAAAACACAGCGCCCGUUCCCUUGGCUUUAGCUCCAGGCGGCAUGCAGUCGCUGCCAAAGAGGCCGAUUUUAGAGAAGAGCAACGGCGCUGCAGCUGCAGUCUUCAACCCUAGCAUGUUCCACUACCAGCAAGCCCUGGCUAACAUGCAGCUCCAGCAACCAGCCUUCAUCUCCACUGUUCCCAUGAUGCACGGUGCCACCUCCACUGUUUCGUCGGCCUCGACCCCCGUCACCAAUGUUCCUUUCGCUGAAUCCGCCGCCUCGAAUCAGUAGACUCCUCCGAGCUUCUGACCCCUGACCCAGUGGAGCUGCAGUGCGUUCCCAUGGAAAACCAUUUCUGCCCCGUCCCCAAACUGCUGGUGGCGGCUCCAGUGGGAAUAAACUCAGUAAGCCUUUCACGAAACCCCAGUUAGAGUCCCUGAAAACCUGCAGCUCUGCAGCAAACAUGUGCCUCGCCCACAGUGCGCACCGACCGAGUGUCAGUGUGAAACUUCUUAUACAAUGUUUAUAAAAUAACAUUUUAAAAAAAAAAAAGCUGCAAUGGUUCACGCAAUACAAGCCUGAACUGAAAGCUGCUUCACUGCAGCCGUAACGAUGCAUCCUGACGUGAUGAGCAAUAGAGCUCCCUCGUUCUGACAGCCAUACACACACCACACCUUAAACGUGCGCACACACACACACGCACACGCUCACAUUCAAGACUAAAAGCCCUUUAUGGGUUGCAGCCAUUACCUGAGGCAGCCCAACACACCUGACUGAUCCAAAGUAAGAAAAGUUCAUUCUGGAUACUCAGAACAUUGGAGCUGCAAACGGACCUGCUGCUGGUCUUCAACCAUGACUCGUUUUAAAAAUGAAAGAAUGUUUCAUAACGUGAACAUUUACGUUUCAAGACGGCUACAAGUCUAGUAUGUGUUGUACCAUGUGUUGUGUAUCAUUCAGUUUAUUCUCAUCCGAUGCCUGAUGAAACGUUAGAAAGAAGCUGUUAAUUUGUUUGUGCCUUUGAGUUUUUCCUGCUGAGCUGCAGAGAAGACCUGGUUUCUAAAAAGGAUUUUAAAAAAUCUAAACAGCAACAAUUAAAAAGAUGUCCACAUGUGAAAUUAAAGGCAAUACCAAUUUCAAGUUUGCUGCGUAUCAGCGAGUGGCUGCUAACGAAGGACGAUUGUAUUAAACAAUGACGGUGUUAACAGUUGGGUUUCAGGAAUUUGCAGGAUUUAAAGGUUUUUGCCUGAUUUUAAAUAUUAUUAUCUGGAUUAAAGCAGCUAAUGAGGAAUCAUUAAACAUGUAAAAUUAGGUUGCAUUCAGUAUAACUUCAAGAGGCAGAUAGGAGGUUUUUAGACCCCCUUCACACCAGAUUAAGACCAGCCUACAGCAAACCAUUUGGGACAAAAUUCAAUCCAGGGCCAGCCCUAGGUUUUUUUGGGGGCCUAAAGCAAAAUGUGAUUUGGGGGCCCCUUCCUGUAACAGGCAUUUCAAUACAGAUUUGGUGUAAUCUGGGAGAGAAGACAAAGUUUAAUUCUCUGACUUUGAAUUCAAUCCAGGAUAAUUAUAUCAUUACUAUUUACAGACAAACUGAGCUCUAAAAGAAAGCAAAAAUUUGAGGAAAAGGUGCUUACUAUGAAAUUAAAAUGAAAGCAAAAACAUUAUUAAUAAACAACUAAUACUUGCAAUGUACCUAACAUUUACUAUUUCAUAAAAAUUAUAGUUUGUUAGCAAAAAUCUCAUUAAAAAUGCUAAAAUGUGUCCAUCGAUAUCCACUGUGUGAGCUCUGAGGCCAAAUUUGUGCCAACGUUUAGUUUAAAUUGGAGCCACCAACAAGCACAAAUGAGGAUAGACACAAUUUGGAGGUGGUGCGCCACUUGUCGCAACUGGCUGCAGUAGUAUAGUGAAGAGGCCUAUUUGGUUGUAGCUAGUGAUGCACUUUUCUGCCAACAGUGUCACAAUAACGCUGAUGAUUUUAACCAUUAUGUUCUUAAUUAUGUCCUCCUUACCAAUCCCACAAUACUGAACGUUGAUGUCCGAUCUUAGUCCAGUGUGAAGGGGGGAUUCGGACUGUGGUCUUGAAAAACAAACUGCCUUAAGUAAUUCUUGCCGGAUCUAUUCUGUUUGUGAGGGUUUUAUAGUGCAACAACAACAACAACAAAAAAAGGUUUUGUUUGUUUUCAUUCUUUCAGUAUUUGAUUUAACAAACUCAUAAUUGUUUCUGUCUUCUACAUAAAUCUUAUAAUAAAUUGAUUCUAAUCCUGAGUCAGCUCAAAUAUUGCAAACUGUUAACACUGACACCUUUUCUUCCCAUCUGAUGUCAGCCAUUGCACAAGGCGGAAGCUGGAUCUGUUUCCUAAUGUUGUGCCUAAAGUCUGAAUAUGCAAGAAGUUGCCCAUUUAUCGCAAUACCCAAGUUAAUUCCUCCAAAUAAUGUGCAAAUGUUGAACGCAGAGAUCCAUCUUAAUAAAGAAAUUUCUUUGUGGUAUUAUUAGUUUCAUGCUGCUUUUUAAGUAAAUAAGUGGCACAAGAUUUAUUGUUUAAAGGCACUUCAGGGAGAAAUCUUAGAACUUGAAAAUGUCGUGUCCGACUUUAUAUCAUCACCUUUUCUACUGCUGUGUCCUUUCUGUCAGAAGUCAUCAGAGUUGAAUGAUUAGAAGAGGUAGAAAAUGGAAGAAAUAAAUCAGGCGUUAGGGGUAAAAAAAAA